GUACGAGGGUUCAUAUUUCUGCUGUGCUCGUUGUGUAUAUCCGUUUUUCUCUGUCGCGCGCUCUCUCUCUCUCUCUCUUUCUCUCUAUAUGCGAGGCUCUAACCUCAAUUCCGCGCGCGCGACAGUGUUGUUUUUGGCUGAUUAGCGCGCACGUCAACAUCCCUCUGGUUUAUUGUUGUGAGUGAACUCAAAAAAAUGAGAAUGAUGAUGAUGAUGAUGAUGCCAGCGAAAAGAUGACGACUGCGUUGUGCGCGCGUGUUUCUGCUUAAUGUACAUGUACGUACGAUAAUAAAGAGAACGAGGAGGAGGUAUCGCGUUGCUGUGAGAGCAAACGAGCGUGCAGUGCAUGUAUUGCAAAGAAGCAGGAGCAGUAGCGAAGGAGGAGGAGCGCACACGUAGGUGAGGGUGCAUGCAGCAGGCAGAGCCGGCGGUGCGGGCGCUUUAUGUGUAUUUCGAUGAGCGGCUCUAGAUCAUGCAACCGGGCACGAUAAUGCGCGACGUGGACAACGCCGAGAAGCUAUUGAUCAACAAUAACAACCUCAACAACAACGGCUCGCCCCAAGCCGACAUCAUGUUCCAGAUGGAGGACGAGGGCCUCACGCAGAUCGGCCAUGUCUUCCACUCGGCUUAUCAGUCCAUUGUCGGCGGUCAGCCUCAGUACGGCUCCGACGAAUUUGGACAGGACUCGCCCAGAUACACCUCGCCAAAGGCUGCCGCGCUCUACGCGGAUCCUUACUACCUCGAUGGGAACGCCGCGGGUACAGGUCCAGGCGACCCGUGGUCCGCUGGAGGUGGCAACGUACAACCACCCUACAGUGGAUACGCACCAACACACUUGGCACAGCCAGCCUACCCCAUGCACAUACCACACGAUCCCAUGGCGUACUCGUCUAUGUCGCCAAACGGCGAGCCCGUAGCACAGCCGAUCCUUGGCACGGCAGUGCCGUCGGCGGCCUCGCUGCCGCCGAUGUCCACGUUCCGAGGUGGUAACGCGGUGGCGGUGACCACGGUACCGAGCAGUAACCAGUCGCAGCCACAGCCACCGUCUGGUUCGUCGCCCGUCGCCAUCCAGUACAGUCACAGUCCUGGCGCGCCCGUCGUGCCAACCGUCGUCAGUCAACCUCAGCCUAGUGCACCUACGCCUGCCGCGCCACAGGACACGCUCGGCAAAACCCUCGCCUCCGUUAUUUACUCGGCGGCGGAACAAUCAGUAUCGAGUUACAGCAGUAAUCCGUCGACGCCAGUCAGUUCGCCACCGCCGCUGGCGGUUCCAGCACCAGGAUGGGCACCGGCCGCAGCACCCGUAUCUCCGCACCUCGCGGAUCCGAAUCGCGGUGCCAUGCACAUGCCGGCGCCUGAACUGCAGGGAGUAGACGACGCCAUCGGCUUCCUUCGCGACCACUCGAAGGCAACGCGAAUGGAGGAACCAUAUCAUAUGGACGAUGCCAUAAAUGUUUUAAGGAAUAUUGCGGAAAGCCAAUCUGGUAUUCACCUUGGGCCCGUUGGUCCACACGGUGCUAUGUACUCACAUACGUCACCACAGCAAUUAGACCAUUUGACGAGUCCGCAUCCGACGGUGACGGUAUCCCAGCCACAAAGUUCAUACCCUGGUCUAGCGCCGACGUCAGACACCGAUGGAUCCAUCAAAAUCGAGAGGCUACCAGUCGCCAAUGCCAAAAAGAGGAAAGAUCCGCCAGAUAGCAGUGGUGGAGAAACAAAGCCAUCCAGUAGUGAUUUGGUUGCAACAACAGCAGCAGUUAUUGGUACGGCUCAAGUCAACUCGACGUCACAAGGAAAGGGCACGAAACGAUCUCGUCGUUGUUGUUCGAGCGCUGAUGAAGAUGGUGAUGACCCUGGCACCAAAGCGGUGCGCGAAAGAGAACGUCGACAAGCGAACAAUGUUCGCGAAAGCGCUGAGGAUGAAGACGAUGAUCCAGACGUAAAAGCACAGCGGGAAAAGGAAAGACGGCAGGCUAAUAAUGCUAGGGAAAGGAUACGCAUUCGUGACAUCAACGAGGCAUUGAAAGAACUUGGCAGAAUGUGCAUGGCUCACAUGAAGUCGGAGAAACCACAAACUAAACUUGGAAUCCUUAAUAUGGCUGUAGAAGUCAUCAUGGCAUUGGAACAGCAAGUCAGAGAACGAAACUUGAACCCUAAAGCAGCAUGUUUGAAAAGGAGAGAGGAAGAAAAAGCUGAAGACGGUCCUAAACUUCCUGGCCAUCUUGCAGCACACAUAGCUCAUCCUCAUCCACACGCACAUGCUCACACGCAGGCGCCGUUUCCUGCAAUGCCCGGUCCACCUACACAUCAGCAUAGCGUGCAACCGCCACAGUAGCAGAGGUUGUGUAGCGGAUUGAUUUUGUAGACUUCUGUGAAACGAAACCGCACUCCAAACUUGUUUCAGCGAAACGUUGUCAUCAACUAUCUGUUUGUCCUUUGAUACAAUUUCGGAACAGCUAUGAUGGUAUAGAAAUCAUUCAUGCUAUAACCCGGAUAUUUCGUAGGCAGAUGAGAUUACAAUGAGACAGACAAACCGGAACGUUUUGCAUAUCCAAGGAGCGAAUUUGCGGGGAAAUGUGUGAUGUUACUCAUUGUUUUUGCCAUGCUUAAACUAUAGAGCCUUCUCUAUUGUAUUUUUUUUUAUUCCGUCGAAGCGGGUGCAAUUGAGCAUCGAAUUCGGAUCAUUCACGUCCGAUUACUAUAUCCUGUUCCGACUUGUAAAGAUGUAACCCUUUCAAGGGCAGUGGGACGCAUCGUCUCAUAUAUUUUUUCGUUUUUUAUGCUCAUAACUAUGCAAUCAAGUAUUCCAUACUUGUAAAUAAUUUAGCUCUAUGAUAUUAGGAUAAAUUUGCAUUAUGUUUAUUUUAUAGUUUAGUAAUAAAAGAUUAUUGCAAAUGAAAGCAAUCUUUAGCGAUGUGAGCUCAUAUAGCCAGCAGUUAUUUAGUAGAAAUAUUUACAACGUUUAGUAAUUGUCUGGACUUGUGGAGCAUAUUUGUAAAAAAACUGACAAAUAUUAUUUUCUAAUUCACUGAAUUGAGUAAUGAAUUUCUUUAGAAAUACUAACCAACGAAACAUAUCAAACAAUGUAGUUUUUGACGAUUUUCAAAUUAAGUAAAUAUUUUCUAUUCGCUGGCAUUGAAGGUUCAUGUAAAACCUAAAGUGAUUUAUAAAUAAAUUGAUUUGUUGUGCAAAAAAUUAGCCUCUGAAAGGGUUAUAAUCAUAUUUCUGAAAAAGUUACGUCUUAAUGGCAAAGAUGUAUUAUAUAUAUAUGUAUAUUGAACGAGUAGUCGAGCCACCUCGUAACCUAAGUAUUCCACUUAUUGCUGAAGUUCCUCUAACAUCAAAAAGCUAGGCGAUUCAUUUAUUGGCUUCUAUUGGUAUGAUAGCGUAAUUUACAUCUUUUUAUAAGGUCUCAUAUUCAAAGAAACUCAUAUCACUUGGCCUUGACUUUAUUGAAAAAAAUACAAAUAAUUUUUUACGAUGUUAUUUACAUUUUAUCAACCAUCAUAUUAUUACUUAACAUAAGUUUGAUGGUAAUUUUUAUAUUAUUAUGUUGAACACAUUACAGGGGAUUUUAUUUACUGACGAAGUUGGAAUAUUAAGAAAAUUUGAUUUUUUAAAUAUCUGAUGAAAUAACCAACAGCUGUAACUUUACAAAUUGUUAACUUUACUUGUAGUUGCGCUUUCACAUCAUUUAUUUUUAUUGUAAAUGAAUAACACUGGUAACGUCAGUUAAUAAAUUUUAUAUAAAAUGUUUUAUCCAAAAUCAGUUUAAUUUUAAUUUUGAUUUUGCCAUGCAACUUGGAAAUUUGCUAAAGAAUGUAUCUUUUAUAAUAGAGUCUGGGCAAUAAAUAAAUUAUCGAAAGAAAUAUAAUAAAAUAAAAACGUAUUUGAAGAAAUCUGUAAAAGUAAAGAAUCGUCAUUGCUAACGCAUUAAAAAACUGUUUUUCGCAUUAAAUCACAUCGAUGCUUAUGCAUCAAGUACUGGACACAAGUAUUUGAAGAAAGAUUCUUGUUAAAAUAACAUUCGAGGACCUUCGCGUGAAAAAGACAAUAACGUCGGUUGCGACCUCGUUCAACAAUAAUUAAGUGUAAUUGUAUACCUCCGUUCGCCUGCACUGCAAGACGAAACUGGUAAAAAGAUACAGUUGAAAAAGUUUGAAAGGGCUGAAAAAAUGUACAUUGUGACGUAGAAGUGUUAAAGAAGGCCGAGUUGACUCGGCGUGAUAAUUAUUAUGAUUAUAAUGAUUAUUGCCCUAGCGAGAGAGAAAAAGCAUUUUGAGUAGCUAUAAUACUUUGAAAAAACGUACAACAGGCUAUACAUAUAGGCUAUAAAUUUGUGUUUUUUUUCUCAAGGGUAUGAUUAUCAAUUUAUAUUACGAUCAUUUUUAUUUUUAAUAUUAUUCUAUUAUAUUAUUCUAUUACUAUUAUAUUAAUUAUAAUGAAAAUCGCGUCUGAUCGUAAACGCAGAUGGAGGCGUGAGAAUCAAUGGCGAUAAAAUACUUUUGUAAAAGUACUUGCGUGCCGAAGACUUGCGAAGGUAAUCAUGUAAAAUAAUAACGACUAUAAAUAGAUUUUAAGCCCAGUCUAUAAGCUAGACUCGACAGAUUUAGAUAGUUAAAGUAUGUGUGAGAAUGUGAAAAUGUAAAGUGCAUAAAAAAACUUAAUUGCGUGUGCAAGAGUUAAAGAGUGAAUAAGAAAAAAUCAUGUGUGUAAUCAUAGACGUGAGAAAUUAAGUCGAAUAAGUGUGAAAAGGGUCGAAUGGAUGUUCUUACAAAUGUUCGAUGACCAAUCCAAAUUCAAACCGCGUGAGAGUUAUAAUGAUGUGAAUCGCGAGAGUGAAUAGUAGCCUCAACGAAACGAAAUAUAACUGCUCUUUCUUGUGCAACAACCAUUAUUUAACAGGAAAUGUGAGUUCUAUAACAACGUAAUUGGGAUUUUUGAGGGAAGCGAUGAUAUGAAAGGCUGCAUGUUGCUCCCGCAUAAAAAAUGUAUAACCUCAUACACGGAAAAUAUAUGUGUGAAUGUGUAAGCUAGAAACAAAUAGGCACACUGAUAUGGACAAAACAAAAUACUGAAAGAUUCGACUGUGAAUGAAAAAAUGUUUAAUUACCACUAGUAAUAUUAUUAUCACUAAUAACAUAAUAAAUGUGCCAUUU